CUAGGAAUUCCCGGGGCUGUUAAAUGAGUUCACUUCCCUGCUGGAGCUCGCCACUGAAGACCAUCCUCUGUUGAUCGGUUUGGAUGGUUUGGACGAAUUGUCCGAUGACUACAACGCACGAAGCCUUUUCUGGUUUCCGAGCGAGCUGCCGAAGAACGUCUAUAUCAUUGCAUCCAUGACCGUUGAGGAGAAGGAGGCUGCACCAAAGAUUUUCAAGGACGUUGGGAAAGUUCUUCAUAUCCCGCCCCUCGCGUCUGUGGAGACGGAACAGAUACUGGGCUCUUGGUUGGAACGGGACGGUCGAACGCUGGCAGCCGACCAGUGGGCUUUACUAGUGGGAGCGUGCACAGCCUGCCCGAGCCCUCUCUAUCUCCAGUGUGCCUACAGGGAGUCGCUGGGCUGGCUCUCCUCCACCCGAGCGGCGGACAUUUACCUCCCGCCCGGCCUCCAGCCGCUGUACGCGGCCGUCCUCAGCCGGCUGGAGAAGGUGCACGGCGAGGCGCUGGUGAGGAGGGCGGCCGGGAUACUCGCCUUGUCCAGGAACGGCGCCACCUUUGCCGAGGUGAGCGAUCUCCUCAGCCUGGACCCGGCCAUCAGGCGGGAGCUCGGGCACGUCCAGGACGCCUCCGUCCCCAAGGUGCCCGUGCUCACCUGGAUGAAGCUGCGCGGGGACCUGAAGCUCCACCUGGUGGAGCGGAGGAGCGACGACACCCGUACCUUCGCCUGGGCCCACUCGGCGCUGAGGCGCGCCUGCCUGAACAGGUACCUGGCGUCAAACGACGACCGGUCUGCUCUGCACCUGACCCUGGCCAACUAUUUCUCGGGGAAACCAUCGGGCCUGUCGGGAAGGCCGGGCACCUGCGAGCCGGAGGACCUCCAUGCCCAGCCACUGGCCUGGGUCAGAGGAGAGGGUCCUGGCGCCAAACACACAUUCAACCUCCGGAGACUCAACGGGGUUCCUCACCACCUGCUCAAGGCCGGCCAGGUGCCCGCCUUGAUCACCGAGUGCCUCUUCAACUUUCAGUUUCUGCUCCACAAGGUGUGGGCUUUGUCUGUGGUCAGUGUGGAAGAGGACCUGAAAGCAGCAUUGACACUGGAGAGGAAGGUGGGUGACUUAAACCUACUGCACGAAGCCAUCCAGUUGUCCAAGAAGGUCUUGCUUCAGGAUCCGUGUCAGCUGGCUUCACAGCUCGUCGGACGCCUACAACAGAUCGUUACGGAAGAUACACCGGUGGCGCCAGAUGACCCAAGGAAAUACCCCCAUCUCCUGCGCUUGCUGAGUGAGUGUCAAAGAUCUUCGAUGCCGUUCCUCGUGCCUUCAUUUACCUGCCUCUUGCCCCCGGGUGGGUUGAUGUACAGUACACUGUCAGGUCACACUGACCGGAUUACGGCGGUAACAUGUUUCCAGAAAGGUCUUCAAGCAAUCACUGCAUCGAGGGACGGAACUUUAAAAAUCUGGGACCUCAUCAGUGGCAAAGCAUUGCAUACAGUGCACGGAGUUGGCAAGGACAUAGACUCCAUAACACUGUGCCUGCAGAAUACACUGGCGGCUGUAACUGAGGACAACGCUCUCCAGGUGUGGGAUAUCCACACUGGAAAGCAGAUCUUCACAGUCACUGGCUCCCUGGACCACCCCAUAGUUCGGUCAGCUCUCGACGGACAACACCUGUUGGCCUUUUACGACGGAAGCCAUUUUGUUAAGAUUUUUGAUGUGUCAAACUGCUGCAGAUUGUUACACCAAGUGGAUAUCACUCCAGAAAUCGAUCCCAUUCACAAGGAUCACACUAUAUUAGUGUCGGAAUAUUCAUUGAGAGAUCAAGUUCUUUUUGCCUAUCGGAGUGGGAAGGAAGGCAUGGUGCUGAGUUCUAAACAAGGGAAGGUAGUGACCAAGCUGCCUGCCCGCGAUGCUGCAGCUUCCGUCCAAGGAGUGGCCGUCACCAAGGACUACUUCCUUCUGGUCUGCAGGUAUCCGUGCUCAAGGCUGCGCCAAGUCCUCCACAUCGAGCUCUUUGGGGUGAAGAGCCGCGCCUACGUGCGCACGGUGAGCAGCUGCUGCGACCAUCGCCUGUCCUUCCUGUCCGUCAACCACUCGGGUUCCCACCUCCUGGCGCUCAGCUCCUCGCGCCAAACAAACAUCUCCACCAUCCUCUCCUGGAACCUGGAGACAGAAGACCACAAGCACCUGGCGGAGUUCUCGUCUGCGGCCAUCGGAGGGACCUGCCUUGACCUGCGUUUCUGCCUGGCCGUCUGCAAAGGGGAGAACUUCCUGAGGGUGUGGAACAUCGCCUCCAGGAUAAAUGACCAGUCCCUGGCCAUCAGUACCAGUAACAUGAAGAGUGCUGACGGGAUCGUGGACAUCAACCCCAUGAAGAACAACUCCAGCUAUGUUGUGUGUAGGAGCUUAAACUCGGAAGUGAUAUCCAUCUGGAACGUAAGAAAAACCAAGUACAAGGGGCAGGCAGUCCAGCUGGAGAGAGGUCUUGUCGACGGCACUAACAUUGCACUGGUGAGAGACACCAAGCUCUACAUCCUGUCUGACAAGGGCAUGGCCAUUCACUCUGAAACUCCCAGACCCAUCUUCCAGACUCUCUUGAUCUACGAUCUAGUGAAGAAAAAAUACACAACAAAGUUGACUGGCCUUCAUAUUAUCCCUUGCCUUAAACACGAAUACAGAAUCCUGGCAUCACAACAGCUCUUGGGAUUAUCUGAAUACAGAGAUCACCUUGUUCUCUGGAACCUGAAGACUGGAUUUAUACAGGAACGGGUCCGGCCCAACUACAAAGACCAGUUUUGCCCGUUAAAUGGCCUUCCUUCCCACUCAAACUAUCACUUCUACAAUAAGCAUCUGACCAUGAGAAAGAGAGGAGGGGACUCGGUUGGUUUGUCAGAGUUCAUGACUCCGUGGGAGAAACGCACAGAGACCAAGACUGCGCAGAGGAGAAGGCUGGAUAAGGAGGUGGAACGGGAAAUCACUACCCUAAAGCAGUUCUGUAAAGAGAAAUCCAACCCCAUCGAUCAGUACCUGCUCAGCGGGAAUGACAAGGUGGUCGUCUGCUCUUACUUUGCACAUCAUCUGGCUGUCUUUAACUUGGAGACGGAGACCCACACACACACCCUGGAGGACAGGGCCUCCAUGUUGUUCUUGCACUGUGCAGCUCUGACUGACGGUGGUGGCCAUCUUGUGCUGCCAAACUAUAAUGACGAGGACAAGGUCAGCUACGUCACCCUGUGGGAUCUGUGCACUGGCAAGGUAAAUCAAAACACUUUACUGUGGAUCAGAAAUACAACGCAAGAGAUUGCAGAGAGCUGUGCACGCAGCCCUGCAGACCAUCACACAAACCAACAUCCUUUCCAUCGACUCCCCAUGCUGCUGUGUUAUUUACACUGCAGUUCAAAUUGUUAA